AUGGAGGCAAAGGUCAAUGAUGUUGAAUGCACGGGAUGGCGAGACACUGGCUCGGAUGUAACUAUAGUCAAGGGACAUCUGGUGAAGCCGGAGGACAUGCUGCCGGGGGAGUAUGUGACGGUAGUGGCGUUAUCCGAGUAUUCUGUGAACCUGCCGAUGGCCAGAAUCCACCUGGAGUGGGAUGGCUUUAAAGGGGAUGUGAAGGCUGCUGUCCGGGAUUUGAUUCCGGCUGAUGUCUUGUUGUGGGAGUUAUGUGGGGUGAAGCACCUGAAAGCCGCUCCCUACCACCCCCAGACUAAUGGUCUAGUGGAGAGGUUCAAUGGAACCCUGAAGUCUAUGUUGAAAAUGUAUGUGGAUAGACGCCAGAAUGACUGGGAUGUUAUGCUGCCGUAUCUAUUGUAUGCAUACAGGAGUGUGCCCCAAGAGUCUACAGGGUUUGCUCCCUUUGAACUGCUCUAUGGGAGGCAGGUCCGGGGGCCCCUAGAUUUGGUUCGUGACUCGUGGGAAGGUAAUGUGGAGGAGGCAGAGCAGCCGGUGGCCGAGUAUGUGGCUCAAUUCAAGGAGAGUUUGCAGGAGAUGAUGAAGUUGGUUGAGCAGAAUCUGAAAGAGAGCCAGGAUACGCAGAAAGCCUGGUAUGACAGAGAUGCUAAAGAGAGAGCGUUUGAAAUAGGGGACAUGGUGUUGGUGCUAGAUCCUGUCAGGAAGAACAAAAUGAAAGAUGUUUGGUCUGGACCCAUGGAGGUAGUGGAAAGGAUUAAUGAGGUUACCUAUGAUGUGAGGAAGCCCCAGGUCCAGGGAAGUGUGCAGACAGUGCAUGUGAACAGAAUGAAGGCCUACCAUUCAAGGGAGACCUCUGGGACCUCGCCCGUCCUCCUGGAGUUCUGUGAGAUAAUUGCUAACGAAAAGUGUAAAGCUCCAGACACCCGGGACGCCAGGGUCCGGUUCGCCCUCGAGCAGCAGUUUUACAGCCCAGGGGACGUGGUGACAUGGAGCUGCCCUGCGGGGCACCGGCCCUCGCAGCCUGACAUCAGAUGCACUAGACGGGGGAGCCAGAGUGUCUGGAGUGGGACAGCCGCCUGCAUUGUGAUCCCCCGGAUCAUCCCAGGGGCCCUGGAGGUUUCACCCACCACCAUCAAACUGCGCUGGACUUGUGAGCCCCCUGAAUCCUGCCAGGGCAGUUGGAAGAUACGGGCCCAAUGCCGGCUGGAUGGACCCUGGUCGGGACCCUGCCGGCGACAAGGGCUCACCAGCGAGCAGCCGUUACAGGGACGGGACGGAACAGUAACGUGCAGCUCCCUGCACCCCUUCACCUCCUACAGAGUCACCAUCUCUGGGGGCUACCCAGCGACCAGACCACCCAGCACUGUCCUUUAUACCCGGCGGGUCACCACGAGUGAAGCAGCCCCAGAUCAACCCGAGAUCGAGCCGCUGGAUCCCAGCACCAAAACCCUCAGGUGGAAGCCGCUGCUGCCCUGCAAAGGGGCGAUCGUCGGGUACCAGCUGAACAUCACGGCCAGGAGAGAGUACGACAGCAAUUUCCUCGAGGUCGAGGAGCUGCGGGUGAAUCAGUCAGUUACCAAGUACCUGCUGCAGCCCUGGAGACACGGGACCAACUACACGGUGACAAUCCAGGGCCUCACGGCUGCCGGCCUUGGGCAGGCAUCGCGCUGGGACUUUGAAACCAACUUCUUUGACACGUGCAGGAGGCAGGGACCCUGGACCACGAAUGUGACGUUUCCCUCUGAGCCGACAGCGUUUCGGGUGAAUGACACGGUGCUGGUGACGUGCCCCGAGAAGCCUGAAUCCGGCUCAUUCCCUGCAAACUGCACAGAGCUGAAGGACCGCGGGGCAGUCUGGGAUAUCAGUGGAGUCAAGUGCCUCAGGAUGUGCAAUGACUGGAUGAGGCACGUGGAUUUUGACCCUGCACAGACGGAGUUCGGCGUCGGCGCCAAGGGUCGGGUGACCUGUCGUCAGGAGUUCCAGCAGGACUCGUUCAGUGUGACGUGCAGAGAGAUGGAGUCGGGACGAUUCGAGUGGGAUUCGGGGGCACACACGUGUGUCAGAAAAUGUAAAAUACCCAGAACCUGGGACUCCAGAUUGCAGUUUGCCCCCAAGAGGCAGUUCUACUCCCCGGGUGAACUGGUGACACUGAGCUGCCCAGAGGGACAUCGGCCAUCACCACCUGUGAUAGUAUGUGCCAGAAAUGGGAGCCAGCCUGUCUGGAGUGACACACCCACCUGCCAGCAGGGAGAGGCCCAGACGCCCCAGCCCGGGGGCCUGGCGGUAGCCGUGGCAGUGCCGGUGGUGCUGUUGCUGCUGGGCGCAGGGGCCCUUCUGCGGUGGUUCAUGCUCGCCAGGAAACACCAGGCUGAAGCGAGCCGCCGUGCCAAGGACGCCGGGGAGGUGCUGUACACAGAGCUCCAGCCCCGGGACACCCCAAAUAUUUACUGCACGAUCCAGACGCCAGAACACGGAGCUGAAGAUGAACUUUGCUACAAACAGAAGCUCGGAACAAAGGACUGAAUGACCCAUCCCAGCUGGGGAUGUUCCAGAGACUUGAUUUGAACCUGCAGUUUAUUCUAUCACUGCUACAAGCCUGAACCAAGAACUUUGCCAUUACUGUAUGUAACUGAUUCCAUUUAACCAAUUCUAACUCUCAUCUCUAUCUUUUUCCUUUUAUGAAUAAACCUUUAGAUUUUAGAUUCUAAAGGA